AUGUCGAACCGUUCUCCGACUUCAGCCGACGACGGCGAUCCCUUGCCCAGGCGCCUUCUACAGGCAGCCCGGGCAGUCAACGUGAAGCUGGUGCAGGAGCUACUCGAAGCCGAGGCGGAGGUCGACUGCGAGAGCCUCCGAUGCCAGACGCCGCUGAUGCUGGCGGCCUCGCACAGUCAGUCCGAUCGAGCAGUUGAGACGUUGAAGGUCUUGCUGGAAAACGAGGCGGAGUUGGAUGCCACGGACGAUGCUGGCUGGACGGCGUUGAUGCACGCGUGCCGGAACAACAACGAGGACGGGGCCAGGCUCCUGAUCGAACACCGCGCGGACGUCCACGCGCUGGCUGCUGACGGGAAGACGACAGCCAUGCUGUGCGCCCUCGAGGGUGGCACUCGACUCAUCAAGCACUUGGGCGAGCAGGGAGUCGACAUCGACGUGCAGGAUGAGAAUGGCUGGACCCUCCUGUUCUUUGCCACAGAGACGUCGAACAAGGAGUUGAUGAGGUGGCUGCUCAAAAUGCACGCGUCUGUGGACGUGGCCGCCGACGAGUCCUUCACAACUCCCUUCAUGCUGGCAGCUAUCAACGGCAACAAAGACCUUGCAACCCUGUUGCUCAAGCAUUAUGCAGACCCAGAUGCGCAGGACAAGGAUGGCGCGACGGCCCUGAUCCUGGCUAUACAGGCGCGGCAGAUCGAGUUCGCGGACUUCCUGAUCGAAGAAGGCGUUGAAUGCACCCUCAAAACGACUGCUGGCUUGGAUGCCACUGAAGUGGCGGACAGCCUGGGCUUCCACGCUGUGUCGUCCCGCAUUGAGAUGCGCAUGAGACGGGAAGAGCGGGAUGGCCAGGACGACUCCUCGCGCGAUCACAAGCAGAAGGGCCGCAACAAGAGGACUGCUCGAGGCAGACAGCCCGUGUCGCCCAAGUCAGCAAGGUCGCCCAAGUCACCCAAAGGAGGCAGCCCUCGCGCCGACGGCAGCCCUCGCGGCACCAGCCCAAGGAGCGGCGCCAGCCCGAGAAGCGGCGCCAGCCCGAGAAGCGGGGCGAGCCCGCGCUCCGGGCGCAAGAGCAUCGUGGACGGGGCCAGCCCCCGGGGCCGGCCGAACAGCGCCGCCAAUGGCGGGGGCUCGGGAGCGAGCAGUCCGCGGGAGUCCGCCAGCCCGCGCUCUGCGCGUGGGCAAGGCCCGCAAUCUGCGCGCGGGCAAGGCCCGCAGUCUGCGCGCGCAGGCUCCAACAUGAGCCCCCGUGCUCACCGCGCGAGCCUGCGGCAAGCCAGGGGUGCGGAGGCCGCGUCUGCUGCCACGGCUGCUGCUGAGAAAGACCAGCAGGCCACAGGGGAUGAGGCUGCGGAGGGUGCCAACGACAGCGCCGCCAGCCCUCGGUCCAUCCUCAGCCCGAAGGGCGGCCUUCGCAGCGCUAGAGGAGCUCCCAGUGCGCGAGGAGACAAGAGUGCCCGGGGCAACCGCAGCGCGCGGAGACCGGUGGAGUUUGCUGCAGAGCAGGAGGAAGCCGGGUAG